GAAAUCAGACUUGACAAUUUUAACAAGGAUGUUUAAAUAUUUUGGAAAAAAAUUGUAUGCUGUUAUUUAUGUUAAAGCUUACAUGAGUUUCUAACAUAAUGUAAUUGAAGGCAGCACUGUUACUAAAAACAUUUCAAUAACAAAAGAUCCUUCUGGCUCUGCUGAGCCCUUAACAUCCCAUAGGUAACAGAAAUGAGAGAAGAAAGCAAGAAGCUGUUUUCUUUAGCUUUUUGCCACUGACUGAGAGCCAGCCUCCAUGUUGUGGUUGAAAUUUGUGAUGAACUUGGUGAAAACUCUUGCAGUUGUGCAUCUGACUGGAAAAGCUGGUGGGAGCUGGAAUGCUGCUGUUUGAAUGUCCACAUUGCUCCAUGGUGUUAAAGCACAGGUAUAGAUUUUAGGACUAUAGAAAGUAACAGUAGAUAUAAAUAAUUGCAAUGUUCUGUUAGGUCCUUUCUAGUUUGUGAGGGUUGCAACUACCUCAGGAUAUCCCUCUGUGUGUGGUUAUUCAAACCUUAUAGUAGUGGAUAACUACUUUAUUUUGGGAUUAGGCUAUGAUAGAAUGUUCGAACAAUCUCCUUCUUUUCCCCAAAUUAACGUGUUGUCAAAAAAAAAAAAAAGGCAAGUCUUUUUGUGGCACAGAACAAGUGCAUCAUUUCUGCUUUUGAAAUCAGUGGGAGGUGGAGCUGUGACUCAAUCUAUACAGCUCUUCUUCCCAGCCACAGUUGGUUUGAAAAUACUGUGGUCCAGGAGCAUCUAUGCGUUGGGAGGCAUACAGACUGGAGCAUUAGUGUUGCCUUCUAUAAAGCAGAGAAAAUGGGAUCAUCGGCCUAUUCCCCUUUGGAUCGAUUCAUCCGAGCAAACCCACACAGGAAGGUUGGAAUCAGGAGGAGGAAUCAUGAAAGGCCGUAUAGCGCUGAAGAUGAGCUGGAAGUACCUCAGUUGUGCUGGCUUACUGUAACAAUUAUAAGCAUGAGAAAUGUCCGCAAAGCAGAUCUGUGCAGCCAAACUGAUUGCUAUGUCAAGCUGUGGCUACCGACAGCUUCAUGUCAAGAAGCCCGGACAAGAACUGUACGCAACUGCAGGAAUCCUGUCUGGAACGAAACUUUCCACUUCGUGAUACAAAGUCAAGUAAAGAACAUCCUGGAAAUGACUGUCUGUGAUGAGGAUAUUUUUACACCAGAUGAUCAGCUUAUGACUGUUCGCUUUGAUGUAGCUAAAAUCCAACCUGGAGAAAAAAUUCACUUGAAUUUUGAGUUGAAUACAGAGAACCAGGAAGAACUAGAAGUGGAAUUUCUACUGGAAAACAUCCCAGGUGUAUCUGAGAAGAUCAUUACUAAUGGCGUACUAGUGUCUCGCGAAGUUUCCUGUUUGGAAGUACAUGUGAAUGAAACAAAAAUGAAGAACUCUUACACAGGCAGAGAUUUCACGUUCACAAUGAAAGGAUCCUAUGAAGAAACCCAGGAUGUUUCCAUAGGUCCUCACUCCAGACGGGGAAGCAGUGAAACCACUAGGUUCCACUAUAUCAAGCACAGUCAGCCCAGACUGCUCAUGACACUGCCAAAGGAGCAUGUUUUCUGUUGUCAUGGCUCAGCUAGAAGGGGAAUGGGUGUAACUAGUCCCCUGGCUGUGCCUCUCCAUUCCCUGGACUUGGGAAAGAAAGUGACAGUCAUGAGAGGGGAAUCUUAUGAAGUGUCUGUGAACGAGGAACAUGGUUGCAAAAAUUUAGAUGUGCGGUUGGGGUUUGAUCUAUGCGCAGAAGAGCGGGAUUUCAUCUGUAAAAGGAAGAAAGUGGUUGCUGCUGCUCUGAAAAAUGUUCUUCAUCUCGAUGAAGACCUGCAGGAAGAUGAGGUGCCAGUGGUGGCAGUUGUGACCUCAGCAGGGGGAGUGCGAUCCAUGACAGCUAUGUUUGGCAGUCUUCUGGCUCUCCAGGAGUUAGGUGUUUUGGAUUGUAUCUCAUACAUCAGUGGUUUAUCUGCCACAACAUGGACCAUGUCAAAGUUAUAUGAAGAUGCAAAUUGGUCACAGAAGGAUCUCAGAGGGCCAAUUAGUGAUAUCAGGAAACACGUGAUCAAGAGCAAGCUGCACUGUUUCUCAUUGGAUGAUAUGAAAUACUAUGAAAAUGAGCUUUGUGAGAGAAAGCAAGAGGGGCAUAAGCUGUCCUUUACAGAUUUAUGGGGACUCUUCAUUAAUCGUAUGCUACAUCAUCAGGAAAGUACUCAAAAACUCUCAGAUCAGCAACUAGCAGUAAAUCGGGGCCAGAAUCCACUGCCUGUAUACCUGUCCCUCAAUGUCAAGGAUAACUUUAGCACUUUGGAUUUUAAAGAGUGGGUGGAAUUCACACCUUUUGAGGUGGGUCUCCUGAAAUAUGGGGCCUUUGUUCGUUCAGAAGAUUUUGGUAGUGAGUUCUUCAUGGGUCAUCGGAUGAAGAAGAUCCCAGAGUCCCACAUCUGCUUCUUGGAAGGCACAUGGAGUAAUAUAUUUUCCCAGAAUUUUAUGGAUGCUGUCUAUCUCUCGGGUCAUUCGGAGGAUUUCUGGCACAGAUGGACCCGAGACACUAAGCAUGACAUUGAGGAGCACCCUGCUCUGCCCAAGAAGCCUCAUGAACAGACAACUUGUUUAUCCAUUCCCAAAGGUUACCCUUCUAAUACUCUUCGAGAAAUGAUGACUGGACGGCCAGUGGUUUCAACUUACCAUAAUUUUCUCAAGGGCUUGCAGCUACAUAAAAAAUAUUUAGAGAAUGAGAGCUUUUGCAUGUGGAAAGAUACAGUGCUGGAUUCUUCUCCCAACCAGCUAAAUGAAAUGGGUGACUACCUCAAACUGAUAGAUACAGCCUUCUUCAUCAACACCAGCUGCCCACCCAUUCUGAGGCCAGAGAGAAAAGUGGAUGUCAUUCUGCAUUUAAAUUACAGUGGAGGAUCACAGACUCUGCCGCUGGACCUAUUCUCAGAGUACUGUUUGGAGCAUGGUAUCCCAUUUCCCAGCACAGAGCUGAGCCAGGAAGACCGAGAACAUCUGAAGGAGUGCUAUGUGUUUGAGGAUAGCUUAGAGGCACCAAUCUUGGCCUUUUUUCCACUGGUGUGUGAUACUUUCCAAAAAUACAAGGCACCAAAUGUGGAGCGCAGUCCCACAGAGAUGGAGCAGGGAAGAGUAGACGUGUCCAACUGUACUGCUCCGUAUGGCACUGGUCUGCUUACGUAUAGCGAAGAGAAUUUCAAUAAGCUGCUUAACCUGUGCUGCUACAAUAUCCUGAAUAAUAAACACUUGAUUCUUCAGGCUUUGCAAACUGCAGUGGAACGAAAGAAGCGAUUUAAAAACUGUUCAUCACCUCAUUCACAUAAAUUCUCUUAAAGUAUAUUUUGUUGAAUCUCACCAGAAGGAGAUAUGCAAAUGUUUUGGUACUGGACUAAUGCAUAUUAAUCUGCUGCAAGCUCGCAGAUGUUCAUGAUGGCAACAAAAUUUGAUAUGAACUCCUUUGACUUCUGCAACAGUGUGGUGGCCAGUGUGUAGCUGCUGCUACAGUUUUAUUCCCACUGCCAUCCAAAGCACAGACAGGGGAAAGUUUAUGAGAUUUUCAUACUUGUCUUAGAAAAAUGGUUGCUUAAGAAAAUGUAUUUAACUGAUCAUUCUUAGAUCUUUGCUGUUGUCUGUAACAAUAUACAUACAUUGUAAUAGCUAUUGUUCAAAUACUAAGUACCCAUGCAUAAUCUUAUUAAGAAGAAGAAGAUUUUUAUAGCUACAAUCAUUGGCGUAUGGUUUUUUUAUUAAAUUCCAUGGACUCAGCUCAGCUAGUGAGUUGAUCUGGGGAAAAGCUAUUCUUGCUUCUGAUACCAAGAAAUCAAAUAUCGAGGGAACAAGGAGCUUUUUUAAAAACCUCUGAGGAAGGAUGAAAGAAAAGCUGCCACUUCAACCGUGGAAGAUGAAAAAUGGAAGGAAACUACUUUCAAGAGUGCAGAUGACUCGAAUGAUAAUAUGACGUUUACUAGUCCAAAUACUGGUAUUUGAAAAUUCCGAGGUAUUUAUUUAGUAACAUGGAGUACAGCACUUGGCUUGCAUAUAUUUUCAUCAGCCCUUUCUGUUCCCCUUUGUGGUCAUCUCAUUCAAUACACUGGCAUGAGUAUAUAAAAAAAGCAGAUCCAUCUGUAUAUUGCAGUAUGUCCACAUUACCAUAGGACCAUGACAUCUUCUUUCCUUCUCCUGUGUCAUGGUCAGACGGUAAUGGGCUCAGUCAUCUGGUCUUACAGGUCUCUGCUUCUUAAGCAAGAGGUAACAUUGUUACUCCUAAGACAGCCCUUUUCUGUGCAUUAGUUCAAUUGACAGGAGACAUCACUAGCAGGUGUCUGUCAAGCUUUGCUGCAAUACAAAUUAAACAAACAAAGUCUCCUUUCAUAAGAGGAAACUGUUGGCAGUAACCUUUGCGUCUCAUUUUCAUGAAUCUAAAGUGGUCAAGUCCAACAACUUUUCUUUUUUCUCAGUUACUGAUAAAUCUUUCUUUUCCAACUCUACUUUCUUAAGAAGAAAGCCAGUUUUUCACCUUCUUUUCUUGCUCUUGGGUAGGAUAAUCUGAUCUUAUGUGUCACCAGCAAGACUGCAAUAGUUUUCUGUAAGCAAAGAAGAAAAGGAAGAUGUCACUCUGACAGCUCAGUUAUGUUUGUAAGUUUAUUUUUAAAAGGUAAUGAAAUGAGGGUUUAAAAAUGUGAUUAAUUCCUUUUGCAAAGAAUCUUUUAAGUAUUUUAAAGAUUUUCAAGAUUUAUUAUCAGAGCUCCUGGAAGAUCUAACAGAGGCAGUACAGUUUGUGCCUCGUAUAUUGCACUGACUAGUUUUUGGUGGUUGCAACACUUGGCGCUGAGCCUUCAGCUUUGCUCACCCAAGGUGUGGUGAUGUGUGUUUCUGGCAGCAGAUCCAGAAAAUUAGGAUGGCUUAAAAUGAGCUGAGGAAAGGGAGUCUGUUUUAAGAAAUCUGGGCCUGUUGAGCAAGCCAGUGAAAAAUCUUAGGCUAUCCAAAUGGUCUAGCUUAGCAUCUCAAUAUUUUGACUUGAGGGAAGUCAGAAAAAUGCUGAUGUUUGUGUUAGGACCUGGCUCCAAGAAUUUAACACUGCAUGAGACUAACGCUUUCCUUGGGAGACCCAAGCUCAGUGGUCUUACCUUGGUGUCUUGUGAGUUUCCUCCAAAAUGGACUCAUUUGCUUUCUUGUGUGGGGAAGGAAAGUCUUCUUUUUACGUUCUAUUAAAAUCUGCUCGUAUUGUUCACAUUGCAGCAAUACCUCAUCAUCUUGCCUGUGAUGUGAUGGUGAAAGGCAGCAUAAAAUGAUAGGGGAAGAGAUGUUUGUUUGAAUGACUUGCCAGCUAUUCAUCAAAAAUAACAGAGGAGAGACAUUCAGUAUUACUGGUGGUGUUUUUUAAGGAAGGAGCUGAGGCUUUGUGACAUAUCAGCUGGAUUUUUCAAAGUGAUUCAGCAUUGAUGUAAUUGCUCUAUUUAAGAUCCAGGUAGGUCAGCAACAAUUUCUUGUUUUUGAAAACACCUGUUUGUGACCUGUCACACAAGCUCUGCUAAAUGUAGUGGCAUGAUACUGGAAACAAUUAACUGUAAAUCUUUGUAGACUCUAUUAGGGCUCACACAUCUCUCAGGCUGACUGUGGAUGAAGUUACCCCAGCUGGUAACAUGAGGUUACUUCCUGAUAUUCUGAGAAUUGGUUCAGAUUGAAAUUGGCUCUAGAUUUCCCUGUAAAGGUCUUGAACUAUGUGUCUUGUCAUAUUUAUGACAAACUAAUUACUGGGUAAUUAGCUGACACAGGCUGGUGCUGGAGUUCCUCACACCUGUGGUCUGAUGGGGGUAGGGCAGCAAAAAAGCUGCUUGAACAGUGCUUGAAAUGUUGAAUGAACCUGUAAAGGUCAGGCAACUUCUGGGUGUUCCUGCAAAGGCAGAGAGAGGUGCUGCUGGAUGCUCAGAGCUACAGAGCACAAGGAGAGGCAGAGAUAAAGGUCUUGAACUACUACUUUUUGAGACAAGGAUUGGAUUUGAAAUUCUGUUGCAACAAGUCUGAAGGGAGGGUUCCAUGUGUUGGUAACAGAUGGGCCAACACUUUGGUGAUGAUUUUUGGAUGGUAAAGCAGCCCAAUUGCUUCAUCUGAGUGAGUAGGAAGAGCGAGAUUUUAUCUCUCUAAAACAUAUUGAAGGCAUGUGGAAUUGUUUUAAUCAAGUUUCUCAAUAGUCUUUUGAAGGCAGAAGUCCUCCUUCAGAUAUGUCAUAAUCAGAAUAACCUCUUAAGCAAAAAUAUAAUACCCUCACCCCAUCAGCUAGUGUGAUCUCUCUCUUCAAUGACUGAUUUUGCACUUUUCAUUCUCAUGAAUUUAAAUUCAGAUUCAGAUCGAAGUUCUCUCCUGCUUACGAAUGGAUAAGGUUUUUUCAGACUUUUUUCCUCUAACUUAUGCCCUCUGUCACCUUCUCCAUGAAUACUUUUUCAGGAAGUCCUUUUUGCAUCUAAUGUAAUCUUAUUUUUGAGUUUAUGUGAUACAAAAUACUGUUGAGUAUUGAAGAACAGGUUUUCUGAAGGUGAGUUAUGUAGAAACAUGAAAAUAAAAUGCCAACAUAUUAAUGUGAAAGUUAUAUAUUUAUAUAACCCCAUAUAAAUAUAUGUGUAUGGGUGUGUGGUUUUGUUUGUUUUCAGUUUUGAGUUUCUUUUUUCUUGUGUCUUUUUUUUUUUUUUUUUUUUUUUUACCAGUGAGUUGCUUUAAAUUAGUGGCAGCCAAAAAUUAUCUGGCCAAACUUGAAUUUUUCAGAGUUGGAAAUCUGACACCAUGGGGAGGGAAAGUGACACUUUUCAUCCAUGGUAAAUCUUGUCUGUGGAGAUUAUUGAGCUUAGAUCCUUUGUGUAACUGGAGUUUGACUUGAACUGUUUGCUCCUGUUUGAUUGGCCCGAUUAGGUCUUUGUGGAUUUUGUAGCUUGUGGAAACAUUAAAAAAAAAAAAAAAAAAGAAAACAAACUGAAAGGCGAUACCCACAGAAUAUCUGACACUAUGUUUGUUAAUUUGCUAUAUGUGUUAAUUCUGAGUAAUUAUUUUCCAAUGUGACAUCUGGCUAUCAUUUUUUUAAUGCCUCUAGAAUGUUUUUUGGAUAUUUACCCUUCUUGUUACAUUCAAAGUUUUUAAAUGACGACCACUCCCAUUGUCAUCCCAAGGGUGGUACAAGGAUUCUGUUCUCUUGCAAUAAUAUGAAA